GAUAGGAGUCUCCUCGGUGGAGGACUGCGAACAGUGCCCCAGCUGGCUGGCUAGCAGCAGAGAAGAUGGCUGCAGAGGGGAUUCUCAGGCCAGUGUCUGAAAACAGAGCACUGUUUGUCAUGUUCAGCGACGACUAGCCAGCGUGUCACCCCGGUUGUUCCGUCGCUCGGUUCCGCUCGGAUUCGUCGGAGGGGACAAAACAACAUGGGGUCGCAGACUCUCCAGAUCCUGAGGCAGGGGGUCUGGGCUUCAGUCACAGGCGGAUGGUACUACGACCCCGAUCAGAAUACAUUCGUCAACGCUUUACACCUCUACAUCUGGCUGUUCCUGCUAUGUUUCCCCUUCACGCUCUACAUGGCCCUGCAACCAACCAUGGUGAUCGUGGGAAUCUACUGUGGUGUUAUUGCUGCCAUGUUCCUGCUGCUGAAGACGGUGAACUACCGCCUCCAUCAUGCCCUGGAUGAAGGGGAGGUGGUGGAGCACCAGGCCAAGGAGAGUCAGGGCAGCAGAGGUGGCACUGAGGGGGCUAACGAUGGCGGCGUCACCCGUCGGGAGGACAGCAACGGCCCGGGGGAUCCUGGAGGGGGUAUUGAGAUGGCAGACUUCAUCAGGCAAGAGACUCCACCAGUGGACUGCAGCUCCAGGAACUCCUAUAUUGGAUUGGAGUCUAACCAGCAGAUUGCAUCCACACAUGGAAGAGCAACAGUAGCCAAAGGAGAUGUGGGAAAGACUUCAGAUGACAUCAGUCUGACUCUUGUUGAGAGCUGCAGCCAUGACCAUGAUCUGCUAUCAGACACAAAGAUGUACUGCCUUGUUCCCAAUGACUCCUUCGCCUCCUUGCAGCCAUCAACCUCCUUGUGUCCUUCAGAGCUGUCCAGGGAGCCUGCUGAUCUCUGUAAUUCUGCUGCUUAUCACUUCAGCCUGUCGCACUCCUCUUGUGACACAGAGGUGACCACUCACGCAUCCAUGCAAUCUCAGAGCUACAGGAAGGAGCUCCGUUCUCGGGGCCUGCCUCGGACCUCUAGCUCAGCAGGCUCUGCUUUCCCUGAUCCAUGUCUACCAGACUUUGCUCUGUACCCUCCACCCAGGAGAGGUGGCCUUGACCCUGUGUGUGAGCUGGAGGCCGCCAGACCACACAGGUCAGGGAUAUGUGGCAGAGAAGCGGCCGAGCGGCUGUACCAGCAGGACCAAGCUGUCCCCUCCACCUCGGGGAUAGAGUGUUACAGGCACAAAGAAUCACGCAGAGUAGCCCGCUCAGCCUCCAGGGAGGCGGGGGAAGGUAGCUCAGGGCUGUACCAGGUGGACGUGGGUGGCAGUGGGAAAGGCUCUGGUGGAGGAGGAAAGUCCCAGAGUGGGGAGCGCAGUGCUGAUAGCCUGAGGAGCUUGAGUACUCGCAGUAGUGGCUCCACAGAGAGCUACUGCAGUGGCACAGACAGGGACACCAACAGCACUGUCAGCAGCUUUCACAGUGAACAGACCAGCUCGACACAUGUGGAGAGCCUGUUCUCACUUUCAGGGGAUGAGCGUGUACGGGACAGAGGAGAUGCUGUAUCUGCUCCUGCAGAUGGCAGGACUUCUAGCCUCGGCAGUGUCAGCUCUCGAGGUCUCAGUAACCUUCCUUCCAGGGAGGCCAAUAAAAACCCUCAUGCCAAUGAGCUGACUGCUAAACAACCUGCUGACACACCGUCCUCUGCACCCCAAGAGCUGGUAGAACCUGGCAGGUGCCAGGAAGAGCCUGGCAUCAGGACCAAUGCUGAUGGCUCGACAGGUGUAGCUGCCACGGAGCAGGAGCAGGUGAAAGACGACAGUCAACCAAAGUCAGCCAACAAUGUUCAGAGGACUUCCUCCCUGUCAACGGGGCGCAGUGGACGCCGGCGGACUGGCAAAAAAAGGGCAAGCAGCUUCGAUGCCAGCCGUCACAGGGACUACAUGUCUCUGCGUGGCAUGGCCAAGCCUUGUAGUGCUGUGUUUACUGGGGGUGGAGAGGAGGACUCCAGUGAUCACAGUGAACUCAGUUGUGCCUCCAGUCUCCACUCCACCCACCACCUAAGCACAGACAGCUCAUCUAGCACCACUUCCCGCUCCUGCCACUCACCAGAGGGCUGCUACCGGGCCCUGAAAGCCAAGCACACUGCAUCCAAUGCAGCCGCCUCCUCCUCCUCCUCCUCCACGGUAAAAGCUGCGGCAGGAUCCGAGGCAGGAGCACGACCCGAAGGGAAGCGGCGCACCUCCCGCCGUACCCCCAGCACAGGCAGCGCCAAAACACAUGCCAGAGUGUUGAGUUUGGACAGUGGUACGGCAGCCUGCCUUAACGAUCCCAGCCGCCUCUGAGCUCCAGCUGGGCCCCGGCCCCUCACCACCUCCAAGUCGGACCUGGAAGCCAAAGAAGGGGAAGUCCUGGAUGCGGCAUCCCUGCUGGGUCGGGCCUCCCAGCUGGAAUCAGUGACCCGCUCCAGAAACAGUCUGCCCAAUCAGGCAGCUUUCACUGAGCCUCAGGAUGCCACUGCUGCUUCCCUGCGGGGAAAGCUCACACCCUCCUUGUAUGAGGUUGGCGGGUGUGACGUGUCCCUGGUCAAUUUUGAACCUGCAACCAGACGAGCCUCCAAUAACGUAUGGGACACCGACUCCCACCUCUCCAGUUCUACCUCAGUUCGCUUCUACCCUCAUGACCUGAUCCGUCUGAACCGUCUGCUGACGAUGGACCCAGAGCUGCUGGAGCAGCAGGACGGAGAUCUGAGCCCGGAGCUCCAGGACGCGCCGCUGGGACAAGAGGACCCUGCAGCCGCUGCUGCCGCCGGCAAAGCCAGGCAGUACUACCGCUUGUGGCUUCUGCCCUUCCUGUGGGUCGGCCUGCACUUUGACCGGCUUACCCUGCUGGCGCUAUUUGACAGGAACCGUGAGGUUUUAGAGAACGUGCUGGCUGUAAUGCUGGCCGUCCUGGUGGCCUUCCUGGGUUCAGUGCUGCUCGUCCACGGCUUCUUCACUGACAUCUGGGUCUUUCAGUUCUGCCUCGUCAUUGCAAGUUGCCAGUAUUCCUUACUGAAGAGUGUUCAACCAGACUCCUCUUCCCCUCGACAUGGCCAUAAUCGUAUCAUAGCGUACAGCCGGCCUGUCUACUUCUGCCUGUGCUGUGGCCUCAUUUGGCUGCUCCACUACGGCAGUUUGAGGACCACUUCAUCCCGCUUCACCCUGUACGGAGUCGCACUCACCAGCUCCCUGGUCCUCGCCUCUGCCAGGGACCUUGUCAUUGUCUUCACUCUCUGUUUUCCCAUCAUCUUUUUCGUGGGGCUGCUGCCACAAGUCAACACGUUCGUCAUGUAUAUCUUUGAGCAGCUGGACAUCCAUGUGUUCGGGGGCAACGCCUCCACAAGCCUUCUGUCAGCGCUGUACAGCAUCCUGCGCAGCAUCGUCACCGUCGCUUUGCUUUAUGGCUUCUGCUAUGGAGCUCUGAAGGAGACCUGGGAGCCUCAUCACAUCCCUGUGUUAUUCUCUGUGUUCUGCGGCCUCUUGGUGGCAGUGUCUUACCACCUGAGCCGGCAGAGCGGCGACCCUUCUGUCCUCAUCUCGCUGAUACAGUCCAAGAUUGUGCCCAAUUUAAGAGACAAGAACCCAGAGGACCCUCUGUCAGAAGUGCAGGACCCUCUACCGGAGAAGCUCAGGGCCUCAGUGAAUGAGCGUCUGCAGUCUGACCUGAUCGUCUGUGUGGUCAUUGCUGUCCUUUACUUCGCCAUCCACGUCAGCACCGUAUUUAUUGCACUGCAGCCUUUCCUCAGUUAUGUCCUGUAUGCACUGUUGGGGACGGUGGGGUUGCUCACUCACUACCUGCUGCCUCAAGUCCGCAAGCAUCUGCCCUGGUACUGCUUCUCUCACCCUCUGCUCAAAACGAAUGAGUACUAUCAGUUUGAAGUCAGAGAUGCAGCUCAUGUGAUGUGGUUUGAAAAGCUUCACGUGUGGCUGCUGUUUGUGGAAAAGAAUGUUCUCUAUCCGCUCGUCAUCCUUAAUGAGCUGAGUGGCAGCGCCAGAGAGCUCGCCAGUCCAAAGAGACUCGACACAGAGGUGGGCGCUCUGAUGAUCACGAUAGCUGGCCUGAAGCUGCUCCGUUCCUCCUACAGCAGUCCCACCUACCAGUAUGUGACCAUCCUCUUCACCGUCCUCUUCUUCACCUUCGACUACCGCCAUCUGUCAGAGACGCUGCUGCUUGACCUCUUCCUCAUGUCCAUCGUUUUCAGCAAGAUGUGGGAGCUGUUCUACAAGCUGCACUUUGUCUACACCUACAUCGCCCCCUGGCAGAUCACAUGGGGCUCAGCCUUCCACGCCUUUGCUCAGCCCUUUGCUGUGCCUCACUCUGCUAUGCUGUUCGUCCAGGCUGUAGUGUCCGCAGUCUUCUCCACUCCCCUCAACCCCUUCCUGGGCAGCGCCAUCUUCAUCACCUCCUAUGUCCGUCCUGUCAAGUUCUGGGAGAGAGACUACAACACCAAGAGAGUGGAUCACUCCAACACUCGGCUGGCCUCUCAGCUGGACAGAAAUCCAGGCUCUGAUGACAACAAUCUGAACUCCAUCUUCUACGAGCACCUCACCCGCUCCCUGCAGCACAGCCUGUGUGGAGACCUCCUGCUGGGCCGAUGGGGCAACUUCAGCACCGGGGACUGCUUCAUCCUGGCCUCCGACUACCUGAACGCUCUGGUGCACCUCAUCGAGAUCGGCAACGGCCUGGUCACGUUUCAGCUCAGAGGGCUGGAGUUCAGAGGAACUUACUGCCAGCAGAGGGAAGUGGAGGCCAUCACCGAGGGAGUGGAGGAAGACGAGGGCUGUUGUUGCUGCGAGCCAGGCCACCUCCCUCACAUCCUGUCCUUUAACGCCGCCUUUGGACAGCGCUGGCUGGCCUGGGAGGUGCUGGUCACCAAAUACGUGCUGGAGGGCUACAGCAUCACUGACAACAGCGCCGCCUCCAUGCUGCAGGUGUUCGACCUACGCCGCAUCCUGACCACCUACUACGUCAAGGGUAUCAUCUACUACGUGAUUGCCUCCCCCAAACUGGAGGAGUGGCUGGCUAAUGAGACCAUGAAAGACGGCCUGCGGGGAUGUGGAGAGAGGAACUACGUGGACCUGGACCCCACCUUCAACCCCAACAUCGACGAGGACUAUGACCAUCGACUGGCAGGCAUCUCCAGGGACAGUUUCUGUGGAGUCUACCUGGGCUGGAUCCAGUACUGCAACUCUCGGAGGGCCAAGCCGCUGGACAGCGAGAAGGACUCGGCUCUGGUGCUGCUCUGCUUCGGCCUAUGUGUGCUGGGACGGAGAGCUCUGGGAACAGCUGCUCAUCAUAUGUCCAGCAAUCUGGAGUCUUUCCUUUAUGGACUUCAUGCAUUAUUCAAGGGCGAUUUCCGCAUCUCUUCAGUGCGAGACGAGUGGAUCUUCGCAGACAUGGAACUGCUCAGGAAAGUUGUGGUGCCUGGAAUCCGAAUGUCUCUCAAAUUACACCAGGACCACUUCACGUCCCCAGAUGAGUACGAUGAGCCGGCGGUUCUUUUUGAGGCCAUCUCCUCCCACCAGCAGAACCUGGUCAUCGCUCACGAGGGCGACCCAGCCUGGAGGAGCGCUGUGCUGUCCAACUCCCCGUCGCUUCUCGCCCUGCGACACGUCCUGGACGAAGGAACCAAUGAGUACAAAAUCAUUAUGCUCAAUCGACGAUACCUCAGCUUUCGAGUCAUCAAGGUGAAUAAAGAAUGUGUCCGCGGCCUGUGGGCGGGGCAGCAGCAGGAGCUGGUGUUCCUGAGGAACAGAAACCCAGAGCGUGGGAGCAUUCAGAACGCCAAGCAAGCUCUACGGAACAUGAUCAAUUCUUCUUGUGACCAGCCCAUUGGAUAUCCCAUCUACGUAUCUCCACUGACCACCUCCUACUGCAACUCACACCCCCAGCUCGGACACAUCCUGGGAGGCCCCAUCAGCAUCGGGAAUAUCCGAAACUUUGUCGUCAGCACCUGGCACAGGUUACGGAAAGGCUGCGGUGCUGGCUGCAACAGUGGAGGCAACAUUGAGGAUUCAGAUGCAGGGGGGUUGUCCUGUGGCAGUGGGAAUGGAACAGGGGGCGACUCUCAGCAGAGCUCAGUGUCGCAGGGUGGGACCUCCGGACCUGCCCCCACCCACACGUACCAGCCGCACACUCUGGGCACCAGUCAGAGUUCCCAGUCUGUUCAGUCUGGUUUGGUACGACACUCUCCUGCCCGAGCGUCCGUCGCCAGCCAGUCAUCCUCCUACCGCUACAGCAGUAGCCGCCACUCCUCCCUGCGCACCUCCACCACAGGCCUGGAGCCCUGUCGACGUUCCUCCACCAGCCAGCUGUCUCUGCGCACGCUCCCCACCUCCCUGCAGCUCCGGCUGGGCUCCACCUCCGACCCCGCCGGCCCCUCCGCCUCCCUCUCCAGCCAUAGCAUCCCUCCCUGCAAACGCCACACGCUGGUGGGCCUCCUGGGCAACGACGGCCUGUGCAGCACCGUGACCGAUCCCCUCAGCCAGCAUCAUCAUCCACAUCAUCACCACCCGCAACAACACAACCCCACCGUCUCCACCGUGCGCAGAGAUGACAUCUCCUACAGAGUGCAGGUUUCAGAUGUCAGUCAGGUGCUGGAGAACAUCAACUUAUCAAAGCGGAAGGAGCUGCAGUGGCCUGAUGAAUCGAUGAGACUGAGGGCAGGACGGACCUGCUGGAGGGACUGGAGCCCCUUAGAGGGCAUGGAAGGACAUGUGAUUCACCGGUGGGUGCCUUGUAGCCGAGACCCAGCUAAUCGCUCCCAUAUCGACAAGACCAUCCUGCUGGUACAGGUGGAAGAUAAGCUAGUGCCCAUUAUUGAGACUGGGGUCAUUGAGUUGGGUGCAGAGGUUUGAGACAAGCAAGCACAGACAUCACACACACGCACGCACAUACACAUGCCUAUACACACGCUUGUGUGAAGACAAAGCCAGACGUCCCUGGCUUUCAGCAGGACGAAGGAGCCUGCAGACAAACAGGAAAUGGGAGCUCUCCCCCCUCCCCCGUUCCUUAUCGCUGAGGGGGAAAGGAAGCCAGGGAAAAGUGCAAGCAGAGGCAGAGCAUACAUUCACCCUACAUCCUUUACUGCGUCGACACACAUCCACAAUAUCUGCCUUGCUUUGUGUCUCAGAAAUGCUGCAUGACAGUAAACAACCCUUAAGUUAAGUUAGUUCUUGCUACUGGUAAUUAAUUUCUAUGCAUUUCAUCAACUCUUUUAUUGGCAAUUCUGACAGAGCUGAGUGUAAAGAGCGUGUGGAGAGUUUUUUUGUCUUUUGUUUGUCUUUAAGUAAUUUGCCAAAAUAAGCCUGGUAUUGAAUAUUUGCCAUGGUUUCACACAUGUGAAAGCUUUUUUAUUUUUAGUUUUUUCCCGCUGCCAAGAAUACAGCGACAGUUGUGGUGCAGAACAGACAGAAGUCAGAGACUCGACGGUGCUGUGCUCAACAAACUCCUCUGUUUCAUUGUUGUCAUUCCGUUUGGAUUAGGUUGAAAUCUGCAAGAGUAUUUUGCGCAAAGAAAAAAAAAGAACUUGCACUAUAAUUUUUUGUUUAUUAAUUUACAGUGAUGCACUACACUCUUUAGAUAAUAUCACGUUUUAUUUAUUACAGACUCUGAAUGGCCAUGGUUACCGAUGCCUUGGGAAUGAAAAAAAUGCAAUCAUCAUUCUGUUUUCAGCCAUUUUUAUUUUACUAUUUUAUGUUUGAUAAACUUGAAAAUAACU